AUGGACAAGAGAGAUAGGGUCAAGGCAGGAGCCACCCCGCGGAUGCCAGCUUCACGACCUCCUGGCCUUCUGAGCCCUAGGCCUCCUCCAGGAUCCCCACGACCUCUUCCCCCUGUAACCACCGCUGCCCUUAAAGUGCUGGAAGCAAACGGAGCUAUGGGGAGAAGGCCCUUGGUGGAGCGAGCCGCGGGUGUCGGCAAAGCGGCUCUUCCACAGACCGCUGUUCAAGGGGCACAAGCGCGCAGCGCUGGGGCAGGUCCUCGAAGCCCAGCUUCCAGGCCCCCAGCUUCUGGGAAAGGAGAGAGGGCCCCUGUGAAGAUCUCUGGCCAGGGUUCUAUUUCUAGCCCUGGGCGUGCCAGCAGUGGGAUCACCAGACCAGGCCCUGUUGUCCAGAAAGGACUCCAACCCCCGACUAAGGAACCUGUGAUCAGAGGUAAAGCGCCAGAGGCACCCAAAAGGAAUACUCUGAGCUCUGGAACACGAAGAGUUUUGUCUGUAGAUUCCUUAGGGCCCACGUCAGGAGCCUCCUCUCCUGCCAUCCCUCGUCGGUCCAAGGCCCCAGCUACAGAGGUGGGAAUUCCUAGAUCAGUUCCCACUGCCCGGCAGCGUCCCCCGACCACCGAGGCACCCAGGAAAUCUGUGAGCAGUGCUGCAGAACCCAGUGCCACAGAGCUGAGCCCAGCCUUCAGGAGGCGCUCUGCCGCUGGUGGCAGCCUGCAGAAGCCGGCCUCCCGUUCCCUGAGCUCCAGUGCUACCCCUCAGCUCUCCCCAGCUCGCUCUGGGGUCUCUCCGCGUGUAACUCCCCGGGGUCCUGUGCACACCUCGCAGCUCAAGUCGAAAGGGCAGCAAGCUCUGCGCCCACCCCAGACCAUAGUCCCGAGGAAGGACAGAACCUCUGCACAGAGCCUGCCUUCUGCUUCAUCUUUAGUCACGCCCACCGCUCCACCUGGAGCCACCACAACUCAGGCUUCCUCCGCCCAGGUCCCAGAGGAUCCAUUGAAGGCCACGCUCCCUCCCUCUCCACCUGCCACCCCGCCUCUACCUGCUUCACUUCAACUCCAGGCACAGCCCUCUACCCAUGCCACAGCCGAUUCACAGGCCACAGACUGCCCUCCAUCACCUCCCCAACUUUCUCUGCAGAACCUCCCUUCUCCACCAGCCACGCCCCCUUUGCAAGUUCCACCCACAAGUUUGGGUACUGAAGAGGCCUCUGACUCACCCCCACCAAUCUCUCCAUCCCUUUCAUCCCUUACGCUGAGAAUGCCCUGCAACCAGGUUUCUUCAGCUUCACUCCCUCAGGAGACUCCCUUGGCCACGCCUUUCUCACCUGCGCCUCUACCUCUAGCCACGCCUCCUCCACAAGUCCCUCCUUCUCCGCCAGUUUCUCCACAGAAUCUGCCUACUCCCCUUGUCGCACCCUCUCCGUCGACUCUGUCCACGCUAACGGCUCCCCCUUCCCCGGCCAACUUUUCUGUCUCUCCACCCCUUCUCCAGGCCACGCCCUCUAAUCUAACCACGCCCUCUUCGCAAGACACUCUGCUUCUGGCCAUUGCUCCUCCAGUUUCUUCCUCUCCCCCCUCCUCACCACCUCUGCAUGUCCCUCCCUCUUCCGUGGUCACGCCUCCUCUGAGCCUCCCACCAUCUCUGAUUCUGCCCACUUCACAGGCCUCUUUGUUGACCUCCACACCCUCCCUGGCCUCAUCGCCCCAGCAGAUCACGCCUCCUCCUUUGGCCUCGUCCGCGCUCUCGGCCCCACUCUCUCUGGGCUCGCCCCCUCUGCAGGCCUCGCCUUCUUUCCUGCCGACACCCCCUAUGCAGGCACACUCUCCACCCUCGCCUCCUUUGCAGGCGCCUUCUCUUGCUACAUACCCUUUGCCUCUCGCCUCGUCCCCGACCUCACCCCCUCUGCCAGCUCUUCUCUCCCCUCCUGCCUCACCUCCUCUGGAGGACCCUCUUUCUCCCUCACCCUCACCCUCACCCUCACCUUUGUCUCCCUUGGCAACUCCCCCACCAGAAGCCCCACCUUCGCCGGAUUCACCCACUCCUCUGACUUCACCCCCUCCGCAGGCCCUGUCCUCUCUGGCUGUGUCCGCUCUGCAGGGCUGCGCCACAGUGUCCCCGGCCGCGGACGCGGAGCUAGCGGCCUGCCACCUGGGCUCCUGGAGUAGAGGUCCUGCUCCACCGUUGGCAGUUCGAGGCGCUCCAGGAGUUCCCCUGCCGUGGCCUCCCGCUGCCUGUCCCGGCUCCUCUGACGGCCUGUGCACCAUCUAUGAAGCUGAAGGACCGGAGUCGGUGGCCCCUACCCCUGGAUCCCUUGAAGCGGAACCGGAGCCGGAGCCGGAGCCGGAGCCGGAGCCGAGGCCGGGUUCUGGCGGUGGGAAGACUACUGCUGCAGCGGGCUCAGGAGCAUCCUCGCGAAGCCCCAAGUCCGCUCGCCUGGGUGAGCUGCCGCUAGGGGCGCUGCAGGCGAGCGUUGUGCAGCACCUACUGAGUCGGACUCUGCUGUUAGCUGCAGCAGAGGGUGCAGCUGCAGGCAGCGAAGGUGGUUCAGGAGGCGCAGGGGGUGGCGGUGUCCCGGGGGGAUCCCGGGCUCCGCUCAGCGAUGCCGAAUUGGGCCGCUGGGCCGAAUUGCUGUCUCCCCUGGACGAGUCACGUGCCAGUAUCACGUCAGUCACCAGCUUCUCCCCGGACGAUGUGGCCUCCCCACAGGGUGAUUGGACUGUAGUGGAAGUGGAGACUUUUCAUUGAGCCAGACCCCAG